GUCAAGUCGGCACACAACGUUGUGAUGUGUGGGGGAUAUCGAAUACCAUCACAACACGAAAGCAUGUGCCGUUUCGAUACAACCGUGUAGUAUUGUCAAAAACAGUGGCACAACCCACUGUUUUUCGGCAUUAUAUCACCCUGUUUAAACUAAUUUGAGUGAAUUAGUUUAGGCUGUUCUCUUGCUACAUCCAUGGAUGCGUUCAAGGAACGGACUUUUUGGGUGACAAGUUUUUGCUUUUGCUGAUGAUCAACGACUGUCUACCUAGUGUCAUUUUGUGCUGCUGCACGCAGGACGUAACGUUUGUGGUGCAAGGAAGUACGUUUAUUGAUUGAAAGCUACGGCAAGCAACCCUAAUCCAGAUCAGCUGCUAAUCCAAGUGAUCAUCAAUAGUUAAUCCUGUGAUUAAGCCACGUAUCAGACCACUGAAGAAGCUUUCAAACCACCCCUUGGAGCUCGGCCCUUAGCUGUGCUAAGACUAGACUGAGAAAUCCCCCGAUCGUUGAUAAUCACCGACUACAACCUGGGGUGGUGACUUGUGCAAUCUAGCCAAUGACCUUCAGCCGUCUGGUCAUGUGACUCAACCGAGAAGAGAGAAAGAGAUAAAUCAGGAAGCGAGCGUGCGGUUAAAUCAAUUCCCUCAUUCUAGGGGACAUCCCAUUCAUGAGGACCAGCAGUGUGGUUGUCGUGAGGUUUGUUACACAUGCUCCGGAUCCUACAAUCUGCCAGCCCACCAUUCUGUGGAAAGGAUUGCAACAGUUACACCACUCGGACAAAUCUGUCACACCUUUUUUUUUUAGUUCAAUGCACAGGAAUAACUUUAUUCCGCCAAUCAGUAACUGAGCGGAAUAUUUCACCUUGAGGACGUCUUACUGACAGCUGGUGUGUUUUUAUGACAUGUUUGGUAGCGUAGCACCAGUAUAUUUCACUGAUUGUCUGAUUAAUUGUGUGCUUUGUACGCCAACAAUGCACUAGAUGUUUUGCACUGAUGAACAUUGUUCGUUACUCCAUUUUUAAUAUAAAUGACGCCCUAUAUUGCAGAUGAAUUAAUCAAGAACUGGUCUUCGUUAAUUAGAACUGUGCCUUUGUGAACUUGUAAGGCUUGAAUCUGGAAGAAAGGAAUGACAGUCGGGAAGAUUUUCUCUUGAGGAACAUUUGAGAACAAUCACGCUUUGUGUAAUAAUCGCAGGUCUCACAAGCUGUUACCGAGAGAGAGCGGUCAGUCUUUCUUGAAAUCUGGAAUCUAGAAGAAAGGAAUGACUGUGCGAGAUUGUUUCUUGAGGAAGAUUUUAAAAUAAUCACGCUAUAUCCAACUGGUCUUACAAGCUGUUAUUGAGAUAGAGAGUGGACAGUGUUUUAUAUACCAGGAUGGCGAGAAGGUUGAUGUACUGUAAGGUGAUUCUAGCCACCUCCAUGGUAUGGUUCAUGCUGGAUGUUGCGCUCAUUAUGUACUACAGUGAUUGCAGCGAUGAGUCAAGGUGCCCCCGGGCGCAGGAGAGUGGAAUCGGACCACAUGAAGACAGUAAGCACGGGGGUUUCCAAGUUGCCCACGAGAAGCCUCCGGCCGUGUUCCAUCCCAAGAACGGUCCGGGCGAGAUGGGCAAAGCAGUGGUCAUCCCCAAGGAGAUGGAAGACAAGAAGAAAGAGAUGUUUAAAAUCAAUCAGUUUAAUCUACUGGCUAGUGAUAUGGUUUCCUUAAAUAGGUCGCUACCAGACGUCAGAAUGGACGGCUGCAAAACAAAAGUUUAUCCACCUAUCAGCACCUUGCCGAAGACGAGCGUCAUUAUUGUUUUUCACAAUGAGGCUUGGAGCACGCUUCUGCGCUCUGUACACAGUAUCAUCAAUCGGUCGCCAUGGGAACUACUCUCGGAGAUCAUCCUUGUGGAUGAUGCCAGCGAAAGAGAUUUUCUAGGAAAACAACUGGAAAAAUACAUCAAGAAACUUCCCGUUUCGACUCACGUGGAGCGCAUGGGGAAGAGGAGUGGCCUAAUCCGGGCUCGUCUGAGGGGAGCCUCCGUCGCUAAGGGGGACGUCUUAACAUUCCUUGAUGCUCAUAUAGAGUGCACAGCAGGCUGGCUAGAGCCAUUAUUAGAGAGGAUUCAUAAAGAUAGGAAAAAUGUUGUGUGUCCAAUUAUUGACGUGAUCAGCGACGAAAACUUUGCCUUUCACACCGGUUCGGAUCUGACCUAUGGUGGUUUUAACUGGAAACUCAACUUCCGCUGGUACCCCGUGCCAAAGAGGGAGACAGACAGACGUCAUGGCGACAGGACUGAACCAUUGAGGUCUCCAACGAUGGCCGGGGGUUUGUUUGCGAUCAGUAAGGACUAUUUUGAGGAGAUUGGAACGUACGACGCUGGAAUGGACGUUUGGGGCGGUGAAAACCUGGAAAUCUCGUUUAGAAUAUGGAUGUGUGGUGGAACCCUAGAGAUUGUAACCUGCUCCCACGUCGGUCACGUUUUCCGUAAAUCAACACCUUACACAUUCCCGGGCGGGACAGGAAAAAUCAUCAAUCGAAACAACCAGCGACUGGCCGAGGUCUGGAUGGACGAAUAUAAAAAUUUUUACUACAGGAUUGCACCAGGUGUCAGGAAAACAGAAUAUGGAGACGUCACUUUAAGACGAGACCUUCGGAAGAAACUCGAAUGUCAAAACUUCCAGUGGUAUCUUGACAAUAUUUACCCUGAGUCACAGUUCAGAAUGGACUAUCAAAGCAUUGGAGAGGUUCGACACAUUGAAACCAGAAAGUGUCUGGACAACAUGGGCCGUAAAGAGAACGAGAAAGUUGGCUUCUUCAAUUGUCACGGACAAGGAGGGAACCAGGUUUUUGGUCUGACGAAACAGAAUGAGAUCAAACAUGAUGAUCUAUGCCUAGAUGCUUCCAGCAAUACCAAAUUCCAGGAUAUUGUGAUGUUGAAAUGUCACGGCAAACAUGGUAAUCAAGAGUGGAGAUUUAGCCAAAAUAGUAAAACCAUUAUACACUACACAAGUGGCCUUUGUCUAGAAAAAUCGAAACAUGGAAAGGACACCCCUACUCUGGUGAAAUGCAACGGCUCGUCUGCACAGCAGUGGGAGCUUGUGGGUGUGCCCAUGACAUCAUAGUGGUAACUUAUAGGGGCGUUUUAGUUAGAGAAAUGAGGAGGGGUUUUUGUAAAGUUUUUCGGGGAGCUAAAAUUAAUUAAUGUUAACGAGUAAUAUAUAUCUGUAUGCAGCUUCAUGAGUUUAAACGUGAAUAGAAACAAGUCUUUCCUGAGAAUAUAUACCUGAUUCUAGCCAGAGUAUACCUUCUGUCUUUGUCAGUUAGUCACUUUAAGUUAAAGCGACACUAACUGCAAUAAAACAAGCCUCCAAGUUUGCGGACUAAGGCAAAGAAAAAAUCCCCGAAACACAGUACGGCUUCAACACAAGGGGACAUAGAGUUUAACAUUUAACUUAUUUCAACUCCAGUACUUCAUUGAUUUUUAUAAGAUAUAGCACGGGUGAAGUUUAACCAAGGCAUUAACUUCAAAUUAAAGUGACACUUGUAAUUUUGCUUUGUGAAAGUUCUACACUUCAGAACUGCUGAAUGAACCAUGACAAGUACAGUACUCAAAACAAGUACAUGUAUUACAUGUACAUGUACCUUGUAACUAAAAAAAAAACCCAAAAAACUUGUAACUUAAGCAUAAAGUAAGGCAAUUGGAAUGUGCAUUAAGCGACAUAUUUACCUGAGAGAAAUGAUCAGUUCCAUGGGUUUUUUUUGGUGGCAAGAACCAUUAAUUGUUUUGGUCAUUGGCCAGUGACUAAUCAAGGGGGCAAUUCCACCAAAACAGUUAUUGGUUAUGAAUCGCCAAAUCGAUCCGAUGUCUUACUGUGAAUGUACAGACAGACUCAAACAUUUAAAUCCACUAAUGGAUCACAUUUUACUUAUAUGCAACAAUUAUUUUUUACAAAUUAUGAACAUUUUGUUUUUGUAAAAGAAUUGGAGGACAAUUGUAGUUUAUUUUACAUUUCUCUCUGGAUUUUGUGCUUUCAUUUGAAACUGGCGUGGUGAACUUUGGUAUAAAUAGUGAUAGGAAUACCGCCAAUCAGUACAUGUAACGUCUCAAUUUAAUGGUUCUGAAUAUCGCCGAAAUCUGCGCUUACGAUCACCAUUCUCAGCGAUUUUCUGCGCUAGCUGUGUGAGCGUAGAAUGCCUAGUAAUGUGGAGAGCGCACUCGCACCAGCCAAAAUACCCUGCUAGUCCAUGAAAAACACUUGAUGUAAGUGGGAAUUCCCUGCUACAUGUACUAAGAUCACCAAAUUUUCUGGUAAGCAGCGCCAUGAAAUAAGGCCGAGGUCAUCAUGUUACCACAAUGAGAGAGCAACAGUAGGGCCAGCCAGGUGCUGUAGGCAAGUUUUCUUUUGUUCAUUUUUUCUGGUCUUUUAAAACCUUGACGGGUUUUUAUCAUUACACUUUCUAGAUCUCUGAAUCAACCUCGUUCCCAUGGGUGUAUGAUCUUGCCAUUUGUAUCCCAUAUGGGGGGUUAAUGAGUAGAAGGACUGCUCUGGCAAGCCCACAGGAACAAGGUUGCUUUCAACUGUCUUUCAUUUCAUUUCGUUUCAUUAAUAAUUGGAGGGCCAAAAUACAGUAAUCAUACAUGUACCUGUAUAUAUAAAUCACUUGAUUUUUGUUUCAGCAACUUGUUUCCAAAAGUCAUAUAUUUUUGCUCAUUUCUAUUAGUUCUUUUCGUCAAUUCCUUUCAUCCAUUUCUUAAAAGACUUUUUUUCAAGGUGCACAAUUUUAUGACCCACCAACAUUUUGAAAAAGUGAAAAUAGAAUUACCCACACCUUUAUCCUUACCCUCAACCUAAUCCUUACCCUCAACCUAAUCCUAAUCCUCACCCCAAUAUUAACCCUCACCCUAAUCCUAGCAUGCAGAUCAAGGAGAGGGUGUCAGAACAUACGGUUUUGGAGGAUAGAGUAGUCACCCUAACUUUUAUGUUGAAGCAUGCUCGACAAAAAAUAAACACUGCUGCAAAAUUAAAGAUGGAGGCCAAGAGUGGCCCUAGCCCAUAGAGUUAUAUAUAAGAAAUGGUGAUGCUUCUUGCACAAACGCCACGGGACCGCAAGAUGACAAGCGCACCAU